AUGGCGUGUUUGGUUUUGACCGCCGCCCUCGCGAUCCCUGGCGCUACGACUGACGGCGAGUGCGCGGCCGAAGACGCCCCCCCCGCCGUCGUUCGGCGCGGCGCUCAGGUCGAGCGACAGAAUGCGACUCGAUCCGCAUUCCUGCAUGCGUGGCGAAGCUAUGCGACUUACGCCUGGGGCCAGGACGAGGUGAAUCCGGUCUCGCGGCUGGCCGUCUCGUCCUUUGGGAUGGGCCUGACGCUGGUCGACUCGCUCGACACCAUGCAUCUGAUGGGGCUCUCCGAGGAGUUUGCGGCGGCGGUCGCCUGGGUGCGAACGAGGCUGCGCUUCGGUGAGCAGGAGGAGAUCAACGUAACGAUCCGCGUGCUGGGCGGCCUGCUGUCUGCGUACGAGCUCUCUGGAGAGAGGAGCGUACUCGACGCGGCGGACGAGCUCGGCCAGCGCCUCGUCUUCGCCUUUGACUCGCCGACGGGGCUGCCGUACGGGACCGUCGGGCUCAAGUCGAGGAAGCGGUACAACCCGACGUGGUCGCGAGGCGCGCCGCGCGCGUCGACUGUCGCCGAGGUUGCGACGCUGCAGGUCGAGUUCCGCGCCCUCUCGAGGCACGCACGCAGGCCCCCUGUCUACGAGGCCGUCGCGCAGCGCGUGAUGGCCCACCUCCGAGAGAUGAGCCGCCUCUACCCCACGAUGAUCUCGCCCGUGAGCGGCGAGUUCGCUUCGAGCGACCUGACCCUCGGCGCCCGCGCGGACUCGGCCUACGAGAACCCCGCUCAAGCGUACCUGCUCAAGCAGUGGCUGAUGAGCAGCCGCACCGACAGCCGCGUGGCGCAAAUGUACACCGAGUCGGUCGCGGCCAUCACGGCGCAUCUCGUCCGGGAGGGCGGGCUGGCGCGCUGCGCAAACUGCACAUACAUCGGCCGGUGGAACUUUCGGACGAAGCGGUACGAGGACAAGAUGGACCACCUGGUCUGCUUUGUGCCCGGCAUGCUCGCGCUCGGAGCGCACUCGGGCAUCCACGGCGUGCGGGGCGGCGCGGCGGCUCGCGCGACGAUGGCCCUCGCGGAGCAGCUGAUGGAGACGUGCUACCGCAUGUACUCGGACCAGCCGACGGGUCUCGCGCCCGAGAUUGCCGAGCUGAGGGAGGGGACGAGCCGCGUGGCCGCCGACAGCGGCGCGAGGCACAACUUGCUGCGCCCCGAGACGGUCGAGUCGCUCUUUGUCUUGUGGUGGGUCACAGGCGACGAAAAGUACCGCGACUGGGGGUGGCACAUCUUCGUGGCCUUCGAGCGGCUCUGCCGGCUGCAGGACGGCGGCUACUCGGGGCUGAAGGACGUGACGGACCGGCACGGCGGCGGGCACAACGGGAAGAUGGAGUCCUUCUUCCUCGCGGAGACGCUCAAGUACCUCUGGCUGCUCUUCGGAGACGGGACGGAGGUGCCGCUGGACGAGUACGUCUUCAACACCGAGGCGCACCCACUGCGCAUCCACGAGGACUACCGCUUCGGCUCGCGCUUCGGCUCGCUCCCUCUCGCCGAAGACCUCGCCAACGACUCCCCCGAGCGGCCCCUGUUUGACCAGAGUGUGCGCGCGCGCGUCGCCGACCGCGCGGAGCUGCUGGCGAGAACCUUUCCGGCCGCGGCCGAGACGUGA